AUGGAGACCCUGAGACCCAGAUGGCUUGUUCAAAAUCAACAGUCCUGGACAAGAACAUGGACGGAGAAAGCAAUUGUUUCGAUCCGACCCAGGCUUACCGUUGGCUAUAUACUCUGUUCCGCCAUCGCCAUCUACAUUCUUUACUGCUACGUCGUAUGGUCACCUCUCUUCGCCUCGAAGCUCCCAAAAUACACGGGAACUUACGGCGUUGGGGCUAUCGACGUUGAAGUUCCUGUUCAGGAGCCUCGCCAAGUCGUCGACGCAGUCUUCAAGAAAGAUAAAACUCCUGCUUUUCAACUGGAUACUGUACUCUUUACGCUGUACUAUCCUGUCGAAAAACGAGUCAAGAGUGCCAAGGCCAACCAUAAGUGGUUCCCGAAGCCUCUUAGUCUCAUUGCGGAAGGCUAUGCCACCGCUGCCCAUUUCAAUAACUUCCUCUCGAGGCCACUGUUUACUGCUGUGCUUUGGUGCUUAGCAGGGUCGAUCGACAUUCCUGCCAAGGUUGAUGUACCUUUAAUGCGCUCAGGAGAUGAAAAGGUAAAGCAGUAUCCGCUUGUAGUGUUCUCUCAUGGCGAUGUCAGUUCUCGCACAGACUACACAGCAUACUGCGGUGAGCUUGCAAGUCGUGGAGUCGUUGUUGCGGCCAUAGAGCACAGAGAUGGCAGUUGUCCAGGUUCCAUCGUGCAUUUACCAGAUGGCAAAAAGAGGAAUGUCUUGCUGUUCGGCGCCGACAAAUUGCAAGCCGAGACGCCAGAUGCGGAGGUCUCGAAUGAUGACUGGAGGUUUAAGAAGCUUGCAUUCCGAGACGCUGAGAUCGAGGAAACAGUUUCGAUCUUGCGAGGGCUGAAUUCUGGAAAAGGCAGCGAGAUCUUCAGCAAGAACUACAGGAAGGAGGGCAAGGAUCUCCAGGCGUGGGCAGAUCGUCUAGACCUAUCCCAAGUCGCGAUUGCAGGCCAUUCUUUUGGGGCGACUGGGGCGCUCCAAGCACUAAAAAGUGCCAACAAGACGUCGUCUGCCAGAUCGUGGAACAACCCAGCCAUUGGAGGCAUCAUUUUGGACCCCGGAAAGGAGAGCGGCAAGCUCAAUACCGACAUAGAUGUGCCUCUGCUUAUUGUACAUUCUGACUCCUGGUCCAAAGCCCAUACCAUCUUCUACGGAAGGCCACACUUCGACACUGUUAGGGACAUUGCCAUCGAUAUGCUGAACAGAUGUGGCUCGACCUGGUUCAUGACUAGCUUGAAGACGUCACAUCCUUCUAUUACGGAUGCGCCAUUAAUUGAGCCUUUACUGCUGUCUUGGACGACCGGGGCAACGAUCAAUGUCAAAGAGGGCCUGCGGGAGUACGUGAGAGUGAGCAUGGGGUUUCUCAAAUACCUCAGAGAUGGUAGUAGACAAGGUGUCCUCAAUGUCGGUGUUACACACCAAGAGUACGGCAAAGAUUCGAGGUCGGGUAAGCAAAAAGAGAAGAUGGAGAAAGGCAUCACCAAGUAUUGGCAAGUGCAUGUUGCGCCGCCAGCGACCUUCUCGAAGGACAAUGAUGGAUGA